GUAAUAUGGCGGCUGCAAUAGAAUCAGCCGAUAUGAUUAUUAAAAAGAAUUCUCAAAUAUUAGUCAAUGUAGAAGAAGCACUCGAAGAUUUAUUAGUGGUUUCAUAUUGUUCAGAGAACAGAAAGUUUCAAGGAGUACUUUUAGAUUCCAAUAAGGGUAAUUUACCCUUUGGAGUAUACAGUCUUAAUCCAGUGUUUUCUAAGUCGUCUGAAACUAAAGCUAGUAAAGAUGAAAAAUUACAUUCCGUUAGUCAAAGAUUUACCUAUCAAGAGCCACAAUAUGCGAAUCGAGAUGAAGGUAAAUCAAAGAAACAGGCUACAAAAAGCAAACCUCAACCGCGACAAAAGAUGACGGUUCGCCUACGUCCUCGAAAAGUCUUGUGUUCGAAUUGCCAGGGGAUUUGUAACGAAAACAAUGAAAAUGUGGACGUGUCCAAGAAGCGAAAACUCGAAACCGAAGAGGAUAUUAAAAGCGAAGUUGAGUCAUCAAAUUUAGUGAAAAAAUUUAAUAUGAAAAGUAUGCUAAUUCCUAAGCUAUCCAGAUUGCAUCCAAGUGAGAUAUCUAGUGCAUUGAAAACAAAAACGAAUCAUAAGAAUGAUAAAGUGAAAAGUGCUAGAAGUGAGAGUGGAAGCAACAAAGCUCAAGAAUUGGCUUUUGUCAGUGUAUCUGAAGGUGAUAACUUGUGUGAUAUUGAGGAUGAUAAGAGUGAUGCAGCAUUUAGUAAUCUCUUUUCUAGCGCUAGAACUUUAAAGAUUUGCUUUGGUGAGGGUGAAGGCACUGUGGUUAAAAUACCACCAAUUAAUGGUGACUUCAAUGAGGACUCUGGUGUCUCAUGUGAUAUGGCCAAACCAGACUCAAAAGCAGUAAAAAAAGCAUUAAAAAGAGCUAAGAAACAAGCUAAGAAAGUUGCAGAUAAAAGUGAGGGAAGGAGUGAACCAUCUUCUAAGCAUGUGGGAGCCCUAUCUCCUCACAAUAAUGUAGACAGUAGCCCACCAUCAGACCCAUUAGAAAAGAAACAAAGACACAAAGUUAAACAUAAAAAGAAACACAAAAUACAGAAAAAACGAGAUGAGAACACAAGUAAAAGUGAUGGUGAUUCUGUUGAUUAUUUCAGCAACAUAGAUGGUAAUUUGAAACAUAAAUUUAAGAAACAGAAAAUCAGCUUACGCCGGAUGAGCAGUAAUUCUUACGAACUGUGUGAUGAAAUUGAAUCAUCUGAUGAUGGCGAAAGUGAGAUUGUACCUGACUUUCCUGCAAAUAGUUCAGAGAGUGCUGGAGGUACCUUGCUAAGGGUGUCUCCUGGUGAUAUAGUAUGGGGCAAGGUAGUUGGCUUUCCUUGGUGGCCCGGUCGUGUUUUAAGUGUGACUCCUACUUCAAGAGCACAUGUUGCAUGGUUUGCUUCAACUACAUCAUCACUAAUGCCUUGUGAUAGCUUGAGUCCAUUCCUACAGGAUUAUAAGAUACGUUUCAACAAAAAGAAAAGGGGUCCAUACAAAGAUGCAGUGAAACAAGCAACAAUUGAGGCAAGACAGAUGGAAUGUGAUGACCCGCUGGCAAGUCCAGACCACUCACUAGCGGCUGUCUCACCGAGACGGAUUGAUGUGUUCUCAUAAUGUGAUACUGUCACUGCCGAAUUUAAUGUGAUAUGUAUAUUUGCACAAUUUCAAUAGUUUGUAAGUAUUAAGUGUAUUUUGUAUCUAGUUAAGUAGGUAUUAAAAGCUCCCUAUGAGAAUAGGGAAUAAUGGAAAAUACCCAGAAUUGUAGACCAAUACAUUUAUUUCGAUUUGGUUUUUUUAAAUAAAUAGUCAUAUAUUUGUGAGGUAUAUAAUAUGACCUUUUCACAUCACAAAUACAUAUAAUUUUAUGGUUAAAUACUAAAAACAAUAAAAUACAUAUUGUUAUGAGCAUCACCAACUAUAAUUUAUCACUGUGUUUUAUAACAUUUAUAAUAUAGCCUUAGUGAGGGUAGUUUAAGAAACAGCAGGGUUACUUUUGCUAUUUCUUUGUUACAUAUUUUUACUCUUCUUUUAUUUUAUUAAAUGCAAUAUGUAACUACAUCUAUUUUGCCAAAUUUAUUCUUUUUACUACUUUGUUUAUUUUAUUGAAAUGUAACCUUUUUAAUAUCAUCAAAACUAAACCAGAUACAAAUAGUAUGAAUAGUAUGGCCAAAAAGAUUUUAUUAGAAUUUUAUUAUAUUGCAAAGAAUGUCUCAAUCAUACAAAAAGUUACAAUAUGCAACCCUUAAAAGUAAAUACAUUGUAACAUAUGCUUAGCUUUUUUCAUGGAAGUAGAAUCUUAUUCUUUUACAAAAUUUUGUUGCCUGACUUAGAAACUCAUAUUUAACUUUUUAAAACAACAAGUAAUUUACUUUAUGGUCAUUCCUAUAUAUUUGCUACUAAUGAUACACUGUAUAUUUAAUUUACUCAAUUUAUUUUAUUUUUUAACAAAUUUUUCUCUAGAUACAUGCAUCCUGAGGCAUUGAAGUGGGAUAGUAAUGUAUAAAUUUAUACAGAAAAUAGUUGAAAUAUAUAUUAAGUGCCAUGCUGUGUGCCAGAAAUGUCUCUAAAAAAUAUUUACAAAUCAACAUAGAGCGCACGGAUUAUCUCGCACGCACGGACGAGUAAAAAAAGAAGGAGUCCGCGCCGUGAUAUUAGCAACCGUGAAGCACCGUUAUGCUUGUGUCUGUGCGUUUACGGGGGAUACUAGUUACACAAUUUUUUCUCCUUUAAAUAAUCAUAUAUGGCCACAAAUACUUAUAUAGUAUCGUUUUUACACUUUUUCACAACGCAAGACGGCAUUUUUAAAAUAUUUUAUUGAGACGCAACUGAUCUAUCACAGACGAUGACAAUUCUCAUAAUGGCCGCCUAUCGGCCUGUAGUAGUGUGAGUGUGUGCGUGAGGCUAUGUAUUCACACGUUACCGGCUUGUUUUGGUGCUACACUGUUAUGUAAGAUGACACAGAGUCCUUUUAUUAGUCCGUGCUCGCACGAUACUAUAGGAUAUACGCCUCCAUCAUUAUAUUGUAUUAAAUAGGGAAUUGUUUUUCAUACACCGUAAAAAACAAAGCAUAUAAAAAUAAUAAUAUUAAACCAUGCAUUAUAAACUCCCAUUCAUUGGAAUAGCUACCCUAUAUAUAUUAAGUAUACGACAAAUAACAUAUAUUGACACUCCAAAAAUAAAUACUCUUUUUACAUAGUAACGACUGCUGCAGACGACAGGCCCACACACGUUAAUUUAACAAGGUUCCAUCCCUGUUUCAACGCGCGAGGGUUGUGUAUAACAAGAUCCAGUGCAAUUAAUAUAUUAUCCGAGAUUUCGUCUGUGGUAUUAUUACAUACCAUGGUAAUAUUACGUACGUAUUUCGGUCUCAUGAGCACUUUUAUAAUAUUUUGGAAUUAAAGGCAUUUAUUUUCUCAAAAUUGUUUUCCCUUUGAAUUAUUUUUGUUUUCAAUAAUUCUACCUCCGCUUCAAAAACACUUAAUAAAAGUAGCAUCACAAUGUUUUGGACCUUUCAUACAGUGUUAUAAAAUAUAAUACUGUGUUUACUGUCAUAUAAUUUGCAGUUAGGUACUAACUUAAUUUUGUAGGGAUAAUUCUAUGAUGCACUAGUGUGUAAUAUUAUUAUGCACGUGUGUAUAUAUCGUCGUUAUACUUCGGUUUAUGGCUCUAAGAACGAUGUAAUUAGGCUCACUCUACGAGCAAUGUGUUGAAAAAUAACUAGUAUUGUGCUUUUAGACAAGUGCAGUGAUUUCACGUGUUUGUAAUUAGAAUUAAACACAAACUAACUCACUCCCAGAACUAAGUUUAAACAAUCCACAUAAUCGCAAUAUAUAAUUUAUAAAAAUUUAAAAUAUACUUUUUUUUUUGGAUUUUAUGACCUGGUAACUAAGACCUUUAGUCAAGUUUAAAAUAUACUAGUGUUUAGACAAACAAAGAGUAUAGCAUGUUAGAAAAGGAUAGCGAAUCUUUUGUUGCUGUUCUGAUCUGAACUGAUUUUGAUUGACAAGUCGUAAACAUUCAACCACUCCCAAGUGUGGUUGGUUGCGUUGUGGCUCAUACCAAUAUAGGAAUUUGAUGUUUAAUCAAAAUUGCUGACACAUUAUCGGGCUAUCAAGUCAGCUUUACGCCAGUAUAUUCUAAGUAUAUUUGUCUAGGGUAUGUGCAUGAAGGUUUAUUUUUGGCUAGUGGCAUCAAUUAAUGAAGCUUUUAUAUUAAGCUAUUGUAAAGCAAUUAGAUUAUUUUGCCUUCACUGUUAUUUAAUUUUUAAGAGUCCAUUUUUAUUAUUUUAUAGUGUAGUAUAAUUGUUUUAUAAUUAUUAUUUUAUAUGUUUUUUUUAGUUCUGUUUUAAUCUUUAAAGGCACAAUUAGGUGAUUUGUUUAAUAUGAAACCUGUAGAUGUUAUACCACUCGUCUCAUCCAAAUAUAUUGUUUGUAUAAAAUAUUUUAUAUUAGAUAUGAUAUUAAGAUUUGGGAGUGGGUGGAUGUAAUAAAAUUGGUAUAACUUCUUGACAAUUAAUUUUUAUAAAAUAUAUCACCAUGCCCUAGCCUUUCCGUUCCGGGAUUUGAUCGCGCGGUAUGCCUCAGAUCGGCGUGAAUUUUGGCGCAGCGUUCUACAAUGGGUAUUAUUUAACGUGUAAUAUAUAGCUUAUAAUUAGUAAAUGUAUCAGAAAGGUAUUGAAACAAGCUAUAACACCAUGCAAAAUAAACCAUCUUAUAAACAAAAUAAGGGUCAGAAGUUGAUAAGAAAGAAUGGUGCCAUACGGCACUUUCGGUUUUGGUGUAUCUGAAAAAUCUAGUGCCCUGCCGAUUUGGGAAGGCUAGAGGCGAUAAUUCCAAACUACAUUCUUACCAACUACCUCUUUUAGAACAGUGUUGUCGUCUACAUGGUUAAUUGAAAGAGUUCGGAAGAGAAUCAAAAUAUCUCUCACCUAUAUUUACAAUAAACAUAACUUAUUUAAUAAGCAAGCAGUUAUAACGAUAUUUUUUUCAUAAAUUAAAAUGGGGUUUCCGUUAUAUUUUCCAUAAAUUGAAAACUCAUCAAGGAAAAACAUUUAUCUCCUUUGAUGGGUCGGUUUGAGCCUCGUUGCCAAUACUUUAAAUAAAAUAAUAAAGUAGAAUUUUUAUGUUUAUUUUUUUUUAGUUUUAUGGUUUAGUUUAGAUGUUGUUUUACACUACUGAGACGUAGUAUACAUAAUAUAACUUUGCCUGGAAUGCGGUGGCCACGAAUAUGUUCCCAUACAUUUUCUUUAUUUUCUAAAGCGUCAAGUUUGGGUAUAUAUUUUAUAAUAUAGUAAACAUGGCUAAGAAGAAAUGGACUCUCUUUUUUGGCACUUUUUAUGGAUGACUUCAUUGUUAAAACUAGUAAAUAAUAAGGCGUAAACAAUAAUAAAUAGUAAUUGUUUUAAACUUCAUACACCUAAUUGCCAUGAUACUUAACUAAAGCUACUGUAAUUUAUUUUUUUAUGUCAGGAAAAAAUAGACAAUGCCCUACUUUAUGCGGUGGGCGAGUUGUACUUAGUUGUGAAGACAGGCAAUAGCUUUUAUGAACAAUGCCAAAGGUUUAUAUUUUGUUCUUUGAGAUGCGUAAUAGUUUAUGUUUACUCAACUGUUUAGAUUUAAGUAAGUCAAGUCCUAUUGUAUAUUUACAACUACAGGAAUUGUAUAUAAUAAAAUAUAUAAACUA